AUGUCACAAUUACGAAAAACGAGGCUUAUUCAUACAAAUAGUCGUUUAGCGAGGCUUAAUCCUUCUCCGGAUCAAAAUGGAAUAUUGAGAAUGGGAUUGCGAUAUGCACAUUUGAAUUUCGAUGAAAAAUUUCCGAUUAUAUUGCCCGAUGGAAGCCCUUUUGUUGGUGCUCAACUUAUGGUCAACGUAAUAAAUAGAAGGUUUUGGAUCGUUGGUGCACGUGAUCAAAUUCGACAGCAAAUACAUAAAUGUAUCACGUGCUAUCGACAGCGGGCUGCAGUUCAAAAACAGCUUAUAGGAGACUUGCCUGCUUUUCGGGUUGCGGCCAGUCGGCUAUUUACAUAUACUGGCGUUGACUGGCUUAAGGCUAUACAUAUCGAGCUAGUCACAGACCUCAACAGCGAGGGAUUGAUGGCAGCAUACGGAAGAUUCAGUACCAGACGCGGCAGGUGCAAGGUACUCUAUUGCGAUAAUGGUACUAAUUUUGCCGGCGCUAGCAAAGAGCUUGCAAAGCAACACAAACAGAUGUUACAACAAUUAAAAUCAGAUUUAGCACAAGUACUUGAACAUGAGGGAGUAGUUUUCAAGUUCAUACCACCUGGUUCAGCUCACUUUGGCGGAUUAUGGGAGGCUGGUGUCCGCUCUACAAAGCAGCAUCUUAAAAGGAUACUUGGAAAUGCAAGGUUGACAUAUGAGGAGUUCUCAACGGUCUUAACUCAGAUUGAGGCUUGCCAAAACUCUAGACCUCUUUGUGAAGUUAGCAGAAAUUCAGACGCCUGGACAUUUCCUGACUGGGACGAGAAGUUGCCACCAAGCAGAUGGUUAAUGGGUCGAAUAACAGAGAUUCAUUCUGGUCUCGAUGGACUUGUUCGACACCCGAUGGAGUUGUUCGAAUUAAAAACGAAGGAUAACAUGUUGAAACGCUCGAUUGCAAAGAUAUGCUUACUACCAGUAGAUACGAUGGAAAAUUAUGAUGAAACUAAAACGCAAUCAAUCGAAACCGAUUAA